AUGCAGUUGUCAGCUGCUCAGUCGAAGCCGGAAAUGUUUGUGUUGAUAGCCGUUGCUAUCUAGCUUGCUAGUUGUCUGUUCGUUUAUGAAUUUUACAUCACAUAGGUUUUUUUUUGGUAUAUUGUAUUCUGGGUAUAUAAGAGAUACAAAUAUGUCAGGCGUUGCCUUCAACUUGCUCUGUGUUUUUGUUGGUUUGUUAUUGAUGUCAACACACACGACUGAUGCUAAGAAUUCUGAGGAUAUCCGGUGUAAAUGUAUCUGCCCACCGUACAGAGACAUUGAUGGACAGAUCUACAAGCAAAAUGUGUCCCUAAAGGAUUGCAACUGUCUACAUGUUGUGGACCCAAUGCCAGUUGAUGGAAAGGAUGUGGAGGCGUACUGUCUGCGUUGUGAAUGCAAAUACGAGGAGAGAAGUUCUGGAACCAUCAGGGUGACAAUCAUAAUCUACCUGUCCAUCCUGGGCCUGCUGCUCCUCUACAUGGUGUACCUGACCCUCCUGGAGCCCAUACUGAAGAGGAGGCUCUUUGGACAUUCACAGCUCAUCCAGAAUGAUGAUGAUGUUGGGGACCAGCAGCCUUUCGCCAACGCCCACAACGUACUGUCUCGUUCCGCCUCUCGUCCCAAUAUGCUGAACAAGGUGGAACAUGCUCAGCAGCGCUGGAGGAGGCAGGUCCAAGAACAGAGAAAGUCUGUAUUUGACCGCCAUGUGGUGCUAAGCUAAACCCAUUUCCUGGAUACAAAAACCAUGGAUGAAUUGCACUGUGCUUGAGAAGACCCAUUAUUCUUACCCCAACUUCCUAGCUUGAUCCUCAUUUGUGGUUUGUUCCUAAAAGGAACUGUCUUUCAUUAAAUACAAUUAAAUAACAUCAUAUAAGCCGACGUAUUCAGGUUGUGACCAUGAAGGGUCUAUCAGUGGGUUAAAGUGUGGAGUUGAAAUCUUUGGCUUAAGAUACUGCCAGUGUCUGUGUGAUUUAGUAUACAUUGAUUGAUACUUAAGAAAAGUUAUAUGUUACUAUUUGUAUUCUGUGGCUCCUCCCAAGUUGAUUGCACAUACUAUUUCUGCACCCUUUGAUAGUCCUAAGUACAAAAUAUCUUCAACUCACUAAUUACAUUAUGGGAGACAUUAUGGAAUAUUGAAAUGGUAGAAUAAAUAAAUGUAUACAACACAAUCAAUUAAGCUAAUGAAAAUGUCCUCAAUAAACACAAUCUGAUACCUAUCUUUAACCACAAAAGAUGGCAAUGAAAAAAAGCCUUUUAUCAGUCUCCUGUCUAAGAGCAUGGUUUCUAAGAAAGUUUUGAAUUUAUUUUGAACCUUUUACCCUAAACUGCUGUAACUGUACAGAUAGGUUAUAUGCAUUUUAUUGUGCACUGACCGGUGUAAACAAUUACGUUCUUUAAGUAUAAAAUUACAUUAUACAAUUUUUGUCAGUAAUGUACACAGUAAUCUCCAUUCCAUGCACUGCUUGUUUUCUUUUCAGCAUCUGCAGUUCCCCAUUUACAUGUAUUUGACAUGAAUCAUCUAUUAAUGAAAUCCCCUUUUAUUUUAUUUUUUAAAGUAACUGUCUUGUCCCUUAAACAGCAUAGAUAUAACCAUGUGUGUGUGAGUGUGAGUGAGGGUAGAAAAGGCUGUUGGUUGACCUAAGGAAAGUGUUCUUGACUGUUCUAUCUGUAAUUCCUUAACAUUUGAAAUAAACCUCAGUAAUAUUUAUAAUG